CUUCAUCAUGCCGUACGAAGGACACUGCAUGUGCAACAGCAUCAAGGUGACUCUGGAUGAACAACCAGACACCACCUUGCGAUGUCACUGUCGUAAUUGUGCCAGAUCUGGCGGUGGAUCAUCCCUCAACUACAUAGUCGAUGAACCCGAUAUGACCAUCGACGAUCCACACUCAGCCCUGAAGAACUAUGAGGAUAAUGAGACCACCAGUGGGGAUUGUGUUUUGCGGCAAUUUUGUAGUAAUUGUGGAUGCCCCGUCGUUGCCCGGAGCCAAUUCCCCAAAAAAACUCUGGUCAAAGCUUCUUUGUUCGAUGAGAUAUCGCGUCCUGUCAAAGAGGUUUAUACGGAUAGGAAGCAGGAAUGGUUGCAAGCUAUUGAGGGGGCGGAACAGAGUUGAGUGUGUAUGUAUAGUUUGGGGUUGGAUGUUUUGUUUGCAUUUUUAUAUCAAGUUAUUCUAUGUUGGUUACAAAUGCCUACUAAACAACCGGGG